AUGAUACGAAACCGAAAAUUCAUUCCCAAUGGUUCCGACGAAUCAUCAUCGUCAGGUGCCAACGGAGAGCUUCCAAUAUUCAACAAUGGCACGAACGACAACAAUGGCAGUGCACAUAAUCACCAAGCUUCACCAAUAAUUCCAGGCAUUACAACCUCUAGAAGGCGAAGGCGUGUUCCGAGAUCCAAGAACAAAGGAGAACUACCCUCUGCAAUUGUCACAAUAUUUGCUUUUUUUACUCUGGCAUCCUUGGGAAUUGUGGGCUGGAACCAUGUCCAUCCACACGAACAGCAUAUACAUCCAUUCAAAGGACGUCACAAAGUUGUUGGGCGAAUGCACCGAUUCUUGGCCCGAAGCGAAGAUUCUGUUAUUCCUCCCGAGAAUAAACUCAAGGACCUUGCCAUUGAGGCAGCGCCGUCGAAUGUCAAGUAUGAUAUUGCGAUAUUGGGUGCCGGACCAGCGGGACUCUCUGCUGCUAUAUAUGGAGCCCGGGCUGGUUUGCAAGUGGUUGUGCUGGGAUCUCAAGUCGGGCUGUUGUCGGAGACACCGUUGCUAGAGAACUUUCCAGGAUUUUAUCCGUAUUCUUCGGCGCGUCCAGAAGGAGGAGGAUCGAUUGCCUAUACGGGCGAAAAUUGGCUCAAGAUGACCCGAAAUCAAGCGCAUAGAUUAGGAGCCCACUUUGCCAUGCCAGGACUUCUAGCCCAAUCAGUCGAAGUCAAGUCAGAAGGCACUGAAAAGCAUUUUUCCAUCUCCACCCAACUCGAUUCGUUCGAGGCCAAAUCUGUGAUUGUGGCCACUGGAGCAACCUCCAGGCGGCUGGAUUUGCCUCACGAAGAGACUUUAUGGGGAAAGCACUUGCACAAUUGUGCCAUUUGCGAUGGACCUUCGUAUCAUGGAAAGAAUGUUGUCGUUAUCGGAGGGGGGGAUGCGGCGAUUGAUGCUGCCAUUUACUUGUCUCGGCAAUGUCAAAAGGUCACCUUGGUUCACCGACAGAACACCUUUGACAAGGCCAAGGCACUUGCGUCGCUAGAGCUUGUCAAACAUACUCCAAAUAUUGAGAUAUUGACCCCCUAUGUUGUGCAGAAAUGGAACACGGAAAAGUCCAACAACAACGCACUGGAUGAUGAAGAUCUUGCCUUGACAGGAGUCACUCUGAAGAAUGUGGAAACCGAACAAGUACAACAAAUUUCAUGCGAUGGUGCCUUUCUUAUGAUUGGUGCUACGCCUAAUACUGAUUGGAUCUCUAAUCGUUUGGCCUUGGAAGAGAAUGGUUUGAUUCGCUUGAACAACAAGGACGGCUCGUCAAACACGGCUGGAAUGGUCUCGGCAACUUCCGUUGAGGGUAUUUUUGCUGCCGGUGAAGUCAUUGAUGCCAAGUACAAGCAGGCCAUUACAGCUUCAGCGGAAGGAGCCCAAGCGGCAUUGGAUGCAGAACGAUGGCUUCGAACUCAACAAAAUGGACCAGGCACACGGGCCGCAGCCAAAAUGGCAAUGCAAGAUCCUGUAGACAACGAGCAAGCGCAAACGCAAACAGAGCCAGAAGAGGAACGAUUAUUGGAAGGCGAUGACUGCAAUCUCACCGAAAAGGAUUGCAUCACUCGCCUUGUCAACAAGUAUCCCGUUGUCGUGUUUUCCAAACCAUGGUGCCCGUUCUGCCGCAAGGCUCUCGAAGCCUUGGCCAUUGCUGGAUUAUCCAAGCCGUACGUAGUCGAUUUGUCGCAGUAUCCCAAUGCCCGGGAGAUCCAAUCGACCUAUGCAAGCAUGACGGGACGUCGAACAGUACCCAAUGUUUUUGUCGGUGGCACCAGUAUUGGCGGAGGUGAUGAGACUGUGGCCCUGCAAAGUGCAGGGAAAUUGAGGCCUUUGUUAAUCAAGGUUGGAGCUAUUGAUACGGAAGCAGCCAAGCCUGAGGUAGAAGCAUCAGAGACAAUUGAUUUGGGCCCGCCUCCUAAUGGGGACUACGGAUGUGACUUGGCGACGUUGGAAUGCAUCCAAGACAUUGUCAAGAAGUAUCCAUUGGUUCUAUUUUCGUUGUCUUGGUGUCCGGAAUGUCAUCGCAUGUUUGAGCUCUUGAUCACGGUUGGCAUUUCGAACCCUCACAUUAUCGAUUUGGACGAAUACAAGAAAAAUGGAACGGCUGCCAAGAUUCGAGCCUCCUUGGUGAAACUGGCGAAAAGUAAUCAGGUUCCAUCCCUGUUUGUGGGCGGGGAAGCCCUGGGUGGAUACUACAAGGUGCUUCAAUUGAAUCAAUCUCAGAAGCUGGUACCGAAAUUGAAAGCAGCGGGCCUGACAAAGUAG